GCACACAACAUGCUCUCUCGCCUAUAUCGGAGACCACCUCUUGCCUUCAACUGGUCAUCCUGCUCCCCUCGAUCAAUGGCUGUUCUCUCAACAAGACCACAGAACUGGAAAGCCGCUGCUCCAGAGCCUCCCUCGGGCACAAUCACCUUUGCCGCGCAGAAGAACUUGCCCAGGCUACCUGUACCUCAUCUCGACGCAACUAUAGAACGCCUCAAGGAAUCGAUACGCCCACUUGCCUUGAAUCAACACGAAUAUGCUGCUGCGGAGGAGAAGAUACACGCUUUUGCUCAGGGAAAAGGCAAAGAACUACAGGAGAGGUUACUCAACCACGCUCAGGGCUCGGAGCACUGGCUAGAGAACUGGUGGGAUGACAUGGGCUAUCUCGCAUACAGAGACUCGGUGGUGGUAAAUGUCUCUUACUACUAUGGAUUUGAUCCCCAUCCAUCACAUCUGAAACAAACACCCGCCGCCCGUGCAGCUGCUUUGGCUCGUGGGGCCAUGAUAUUUAGGCAGCAGGUUCAAGGAGGAUCGAUAAAGCCAGAUGCUACAAAGGAAGGCCCACUUUGCAUGGAUACAUUCCGGUGGAUGUUUGAUUGCUGUCGAGUCCCUGGGCCUCAGGGUUUAGAUUGGAGCAUUUCUUACGCUGACGGCACCCACGGUAGUAUAGGCCAUAUCAUCGUUAUACGGAAGAAUCGUUUUUGGAAAUUAGAUACCAUCGUAGACGGACGCUUGUUAAGCGUUGAUGAAUUAGAGAGACAGAUUCAACAUAUCUAUGACAACACCGCUCACGAAUACCCUGGAAUUGGUAUUCUAACUGCUUCUAAUCGAGAUAUCUGGGCCAAGGAUUAUGCCGAGCUGGUCUCUAAUCCUCAAAACGAAUCCAUUACCACCGCAAUCCAUUCAUCUGCUUUCAUCAUCAGUUUAGAUGGUGAUCAACCUUCUGGUCCCGUAGAUUUUAGCCGCUCGCUGUGGCAUGGCGCUCUCCAAAACGGCAUCCCGGUUGGCUUACGGAAUCGUUGGGUCGAUAAACCUGUCCAAUUCAUCGUCUUCGAUAAUGCGGAAGCAGGCAUAAUGGGUGAACACUCAGUUAUGGAUGGCACCCCCACAGUCAGAUUAUGUGAUGACGUGUUAGACUAUCUACACAAUCCAUCAUCUGACCUAGGUACACCUUCUACCAGCUCUUUGGCUCCUCCCAUACCCCUAGACUGGGUCAUCUCUCCUGCUACCGAAAAGGCCGUAUCUGAAGCAGACGUAGCCGCUCGAGAACUCAUCGAAUCCCAAGUCCUGUCAUACCACCUCACGAAAUAUGGUAAAGCGGCGAUCAAACAAUUCGGCGUUUCUCCCGACUCAUGGACGCAAAUGAUCGUGCAGCUUGCUUAUCGUCGCCUGGUUGGUGAUCGUAGGUCCGGCGGAACUUACGAAGCAGCGACAACGCGCAAGUUCUACAAAGGACGCACGGAGGCAAUCAGGGUCGUCACUUCUCAGUCGGAUGCGUGGGAAAAGAGCAUGGACGACGCAGCUGUCGAUAUUCAAGAGAAGAAGAAGCUAUUUGACGAGGCGACCAAGAAGCACAUUCAAUUGGCGAAAGGAGCUGGAAAUGCAGAAGGAGUCGACAGACAUUUGACAGGUCUCAAGAAAGUGUUACGGGAUGGCGAGCCACUCCCGUCCGUUUUCACUGACCCUCUAGUUGCAAGGUCAAGUAACUGGGUACUCAGUACUUCUGCCAUCUUCUCAAAGCACUUCCCGGUAUAUGGGUGGGGCGAGGUUGUCCCUGAUGGUUUUGGAGUGGCGUACAUGACUGGAUACGAUGACCGUUUGCAGUUUACCCUGACAUCUAGGAAGGAGUCGCCGAACGCGGAGUUUCUCAAGGAGAUUGCUCGGGCGGCAGAUGAUAUAUAUGAGCUGCACACGUCUCUGCGUAAAGCCAGGCUAUGAAAACAUGAUGUAGUGUAGUUUGACUCAGGCGUUUCAUAAUGUGCCAAUGAUGCAUGUCCACAAUGCUUGUCAAACGUGUUAAA